CUGACGCUGCGCCCCUCCGAGUAUCCCCAGACGGACGACUUCAACACCUUGUGCAGCCGCCCCGCGACAAAAUAAUCUUUCGAAACGCACUGUCUUCAAACCACACAUCCGUAUCAGCAUCUUCCCAAUACCCAUUUACAUUAAAGCGCGUAGAUCAUGACUUUUCUGUCGGCUGCGUCUCUUGUUGACGACGCUACACGUGCGACUGUAGCUCUCAAAUCGAAAGCAACUGGAAGAUACGUAGGCCGCUUUGGAAAAUUCGGGCCCCAUUGCUGGGACGUCAAAGAGUCGAUUCGCAACCUUUACGACAAACACAUCAGACCUGCGAUACUCCAACGUCUGGACGGUCGUAUUGGUUCAGUCUCCAGCCAAGACUCCGUCUCAAUAACAGUAUAUAUGAUAGGCAGAAGAGCGAAUUCUGCUGUACCAACAGUACUGUUCGUUUCCGAAAAUCAAGGUCAACGAAAAGAAGCUCGAAAGCUAAUCAAAGGAUCUGGCAUUCUCGGUGAGCACCAAGGUUGGAAGACAGCCGAAGCCGCGAAAGAUCCUAGCUGGGGAGGAGAACUGGAACAACUCGCAUCAGGUCCCAAUGUGAGUAAGAUCGACUGCACAGAGAGCCCAACCAGUUUACACCAGUAUUAUCCUGGCCGCGACACAGACAUGGAACAACUUCUACGAGAUGUUCGCAUGGACAACAUCGAUCACACUAAGAGUCCAUCCACUCAAGUCUUCUAUGAUCCUUCGCAACCCCUUCGAUCACGAGGCCUGACUUUGUAUGUCUCCCAUGGUUCAGGUCUUCGGAUCAUAACAGCGAAUCUCUUGCGAGCAAAUGGGAAAAUAUAUUACCAGGGCCCUGCGCACGCAUUCUUUGAAAAGAUCGACGGAUUGUCAGUGCACUCUGUCGACUCAGCCGAUGACUUUGAAUUCGACAUCGAUGAUGAGACCGAAACAAUCUGGGCGGAUGACGAUACUGUGGCACUUUCCAUUCCAGAGCUUGACUGCCAAGUUUCUGCAGCUUGGUCUUCUGACGAUUCAGAGGAUCUCGACCCCGUCUUUCCGCAGGAUAGUGACGAUGAUACUUCCUCGCAAUCAAGCCUCGAAACAAUGGAUCAAGACGUUACUGAUCCUGCGACCACCUACGAGGAGACAUCCGAAGUGGUGUUUGCACACGUUUCCAACUUCAAGACUCGAGCACCUGCCCCUGAGCCGUAUGUACCAGCUCUGGAGUCUCUUCUUCCGUUCGGUGUCUUGUCAAAGUGGUCCACCGACAAGGACUGGGCGCUGAUAGAAGUACUCGUUGCUGCAGAGUCCGAAGUCUCAGCGUACUUUGCAUCGACCUCUCAUGACAUGAGCACGAUGAGAAUAGCGCGACCCAGCUCAGUAGGAGCGGCUGUGGAAUCAUAUACGGCCUCCGGCGGGAGGAUUACCGGCAAUAUCGCUGCCACACCGUCUGAUCUUCUGGUUCCACGCGGGAGAUCAUUCCAAGAGGUCUUCUCGGUCAGACUUGACGGACCUCUUGCAGAUGGCGACUGCGGCUCAGCUGUGAUUGAUGCGCUUACUGGUGAGCUUUACGGUCACAUAGUUGCGGGUUGUCGAGCCAGUGGCUUCGCUUAUGUCAUGGCUGCGUCUCAUACUAUGCCCGAGAUUAGAAGAAUGCUGUCAAGUCCCACUACAGUGUCGACGGACGUGGCGACAAACACGUCAAACUCUUUCGACCCAACAUCCCUUGAUCUGGCGAGAGGACCGGGUACCGGUUUAAUCACUGAUGCGAUUGACACCGCACAGUGGUUCAACUGCAUCUCAAGGGACUAUGGGUUCACAUCAGCAAAUUAUGUUGGCUUCCCCACAUUUAGUUUGAUGGACACUAUGGCGCCAGAUGAACUAUUGUCUCCUUGCGCGAAAGCAUGGUUAGGAUAUGAUUCAUAUGAUGGUGGAAUGUUGGAUCCUUCCCGCCCUCCCCAGUUGAACACGACCUUCGCCUAUACACAAUGCGGAGAAACUGAACUUGGCGAAUUUGGGGCCUGGUCUACCGAUUAUGAUAUAUACGAUCCAUUUAAGGUAGAUCGGUCCAGCAUUGGCGGGCGCCGCAACCGGAGCCAGGAAAUCGAAGCUUGGUUCGAUGAGGUUGUCGCUCAAGCCCCAUGCAGGAUCACCCCUGGCCAGAACGUCGAAGUGCUGGUGAUUCGUUGGCAUGACUGGAAGAGCAACUCGCAUAAGCAAGAGGUUGAAACUAUUCGUGCACUGUUCGACGAGCGCUUCCGCCUCGACGUUAGAUGUCACAUAGUGCAGUUGCCUCAUAGCGGUGACCUUCAAGCGAAGGCAGACGCUAUUAUCGCGAGACACGCAUCCAGAUGUGAAGACACGGGCACUCGUAUGUUUGUGUAUCACUUAGGGCGACAAACUGACGCAUCAGAUGAAUCAGUUCUGAGGUAUAGUCAGGGUCUCGGACGCCGCACAUCAAAACUGGGAGAUUUGCCUACUUUUCGUCGCUCUUCUACAAUUGCUGGGGGUGACUUUGUAGAAACGUUUUACCAGAAGCAGGAGCAUACCCCGUACAGUCUACAGUGCGAUAACAACUUCACUGGUCUCUAUCGCAAAGGUAAUCAUGCUCGGCACACACGACCAAAUGACCAGGCACGACAAUCCCGCAAAGUCGUCCAGCAGACACGCCACCGAUUCUCCGAUCAAUCCUUCACAUCCUCAACCGGAAUGUGCGGGUACUGUCAAGAGGGUAGAGAGCGACAUAGAACAUCCUUGCAUCUGGUGCCUCAUCACAAUCCGGCACCCGAUUGCUUGUGUGAUUCGGAGAUACACGCUUCUUCCAGCCCUCGACCGGACAAUUGUAGCGCAGCGGGAACUCCUAAUUGUCCCGGACACUUGUCCCUUCGAGAGUGUCAUACCCGUGGUCACUAUUGUGACAGCCUGGAACCUGGAGCCGGAUAUCAGUCGCCCCAAAUCUGCCAUCAUCGUUACCAUCGGCCAGCAGAUCCCGCGAUAGGUCGCUCAACUUCCCACCACGGAAUGUCAACCUGGUACUGCUGUCAAUGCACUCGGGCGAGCGAUGCAUCGACAAUUUGCGAUCCGGGUUCUCAUUGUACAGGCAUGCUUUGGGACUGCAGUGACUGUGGAGAUGGUAAUCGUGGAUUGGGAAGUCAGUAGAUUGGUCUUUUGCUCGAAAUGAGUGUAUACCCCUGGUUAUGGGUAUCAUGGGCAUAUACAUCUUGUACUUCUUUACUUUGUUGAGGUUGUUUUGAGCGGCGUUUUUUGCACUUUCUGUUCGAGCUGGAAACUAUCGGCGUCCAGUGUCCAUGAUCGAUAGUGACUCCAUUACGGCACUACUAUUGCAUGUCAGUCU